AACCCAUGCCAAGAUGUAAUUUAAACAAAAUCCUGGGUUUCGAUUACAAAAUACGUGACGUGGGUCUAAAUGUCAAGACUACGUAAGAACUCACUAGUAAGCGUUUUCAUCCUUCUUAUAAAGAUAUGUCUUGGGUACAAAGAGAAAUUCGUUUAAAAGAACGCUCCAGAGGUUGCCAUCUUGUUCAUAGCGAGAUUGUAAACCAACUUCCCGAACUAAAGUCUUUCAAAGUUGGUAUUGCCAAUGUUUUCUUGCAACACACUUCUGCUUCAUUAAUGCUCAAUGAAAAUUGUGAUCCUGAUGUACAGAAAGAUAUGGAAAUGGGUUUAAACAAGAUUGUUCCCGAGAAUUUCCCUUAUAUUCAUACAGCAGAAGGUGCUGAUGAUAUGCCUGGUCAUUUGAAAUCAGGCAUUGUAGGUGUUUCCUUGAAUAUUCCAAUCACGAACGGAAAGCUCAACUUAGGUACUUGGCAAGGAAUUUAUUUGUGCGAACACCGUAAUUAUGGUGGAGCUCGUCGCAUUGUAGUUACAUUACAAGGUCAACAAAAAUAAAUAAAGUAAUAACAUGAAGCCAAGAGAAUUUUGUGUGAAUA